AUGGAGUUAGAGAAGGUGAAAGCAGUGAAAUCAGUUAAGGUGUGCUCUCUAUGCGUUGACUCUAGCCAUAAGGCCCAGGAUUGUCCGAUCAUGACGGUAGUGCAGGAGAGUAGGUCUGAUCAGAUUCAGUCAGCAAAUUGGUUUCAACAGCCUCCCCAGUCCUUUGCACCACAGUCUCAGCACCAGUAUCAGCCACAUCCGAUUUCUCAGAACUACUCACCUCUAAGGUUUCCAUCUAAUGUUGCACUCGUUCCACCAAAAAGGUCUCUUGAGGAUACUCUUUUGGCACCUCAGCCUAAUCCUCAGGUAUAUCAGCAGCAACAACAGCUAGUGCAUAAUGUUUCAGGGGAUUCUAUUGAGACGACAAAGGCCGUCAUUACUUUAAGAAGUGGAAAGGAAGUCCCUCGACCCGAGAUAUCUACUGAGAGGCAAACAGUUGCCUCGACAUCGGAAGUUGCAGUGGAGUCAGACGAGGCCCAAGAGAAACCAGAGGAAGUAAGCCAAGAAUUGAAGAAGUCAGUUGAUGUGGAGGCCAAGACUAGUAAGGAGUACCGACCUAUGGUACCCUAUCCCCAUAGGUUGGUAGCUGGUCAAAAGAACAAAUAUCAUACUGAGAUUCAGAAGAUCUUCAAGCAGGCGAAAAUCAAUAUCCCACUUUUGGAUGCCAUUCAGCAGGUUCCUUCGUAUGUGAAAUUUUUAAAGGACUUGUGCACAGUGAAGAGGAAAUUGAAUGUAAAGAAGAAGGCUUUCUUGAUAGAGCAAGUUAGUGCAUUGAUAUUGAGUGAAACUCCUCAGAAACUCAGAGAUCAUGGUUCUCCCACCAUCUCCAUUAUGAUCGAUGAAUCUCGCAUUGGGAGAGCUCUACUUGAUUUGGGGAGUAGUGUGAACUUGCUACCAUUGUCGAUAUAUGAGCAGUUGGGGUUAGGUGAGCUAAAGAAGACCUCCAUUGUGCUACAGUUGGCUGAAAGAUCAGUGAAGACACCUAUCAUACUUGGACGCCCAUUCCUUGCUACCUCCAUUGCAUUGAUCAAUUGUCGAAGUGGAGUGCUGAAGCUCACAUUUGGGAAUAUGACAUUGGAGAUGAAUGUGUUCAAUGCUUGCAAGAUGCCUAGUGGUUGUGAUGACUCCGAGGUACUUGCAUUUGAUGUGAUAGAUGAUUUUGAUAUUUCAGAGUUGUUAUCUGUGUUUGGCUCUGAUAAUGCAUUUGAGAAUGACUCUCCUGAGCAGCCUGACGUUUUUUAUGAGACAAUUCCUUUGUCUAGAGAGUUGACAAAAUUUGAGGGGUAG